AUGCCUAUUACAGGAAUGGGAUUAUAUUAUAUGAGUGAAAUCAUUAAGUUAUAUGAUAAUAUUAUAUUUGUUAAUGAAGAAAUUGAGUUAUUAUUGCUAGAAUUUAAACAUAUGAAAGAAGUUAUCAAUAAAACAAUUGAAACAUUUACUGUUUUGUCAACAUUACAAGAAAAUAAUGAAAGAAGUAAAAUAAUUGUUCAAGAAUUUAUUAGCCUUAAUGAAGAAAUUAAAAAGGAAGAAAUAGAGCUAGAAAAUAAACCAAAUAUGAUUAUUGAUAAAAUUAGAUCAAUAAUAAUGAAGCAUUUUAUAUAUGUUGUUUCAUAUUCAAAAUUACAAAAAAUAUUUCUUGUUACUUCACAAUUUUUUGCAAUUCGUUUAGACAAUAUUAUACAACGUAUUCAAAAGAAUAAAAGUAAUUUAACUCUAAUAGACAUUAAUGACUUUAUCUUUUUAAUACAAUAUUAUAUUAAUUGUAUUUCUCUCAUUUCAUUCUAUUAUUUUACAAGUCAGUGGAAUAUUUCAUCUUUUUGUAAUAAGUUAUUUCCAUUACUUCAACAAAUAAUGAAAUUAAUGACUGAUUUACUUAAUAAAAGUCAUACAACACAAGAGAUAUUUAUAUUUCUUGAGAAGUAUAAGAAUGAAUUAUUAUUUAUUUCAUUUUCAAUAAAGUCUAUAAUAAAAGAUAUUGUUGAAUUAAUUCCAUCAGUUUCAUUUGAAACUUUUAAACAUACUGUUAGUGAUUUCUUUAUGAUAGUUGAAGAGAUUGAUCAACUUAAUAUUGAUACUUCAAUUUAUGAUAUUAUUGAAAGGAUGAAAAAAGUUUCAUUAAUGCAAAAGAAAUUUCAAUCCAUUAUUUCCAUGGUUGUUCAAUAUGAUACAAAAGAUGUUCAUUUUGAGAAUAGUAUUAAUAUUAUAAGUCAAAUGGUAAAUAUGAUGGGAUCAAGAAAUACUACCAAAGUAAUGGUUCAUAACCAAAUUAAAAAUAUCAAACAAAGUAUCACCGAAAUUAUGAUUGAAUCUUCUCUUUUCAUUCCAAUAUUUUCAUUUGGGAUAGAAACUCAAAAAUUUGCAUAUCAAAAUAAUAUUGUUUGUAUUUUUUCUGAAUGUCAACAAUGUAUGAAAUAUCUUUCUUCUUUUAUAAGAAAUAGUAAAGAUGGAGGAGUAUAUCAUAACUAUGAGCCAAUGCAAAUGAUUUCUUAUUUAAAAAAUUCUUAUUUUCAAAAAAAGUUUUGUAUAUUUCCAUCAGUAUCAAAAGAAAUUACUACUUUCUUUGAUUUAUUAGAAACAAGAAAAUUUAAAACAAUACAUGAAAUGGUACAAUUUGUUUAUGAAUCUCAAAUGGAAAUAAGUAAUUCAUUUACACCACAAACAGAUAUGAUUCAUUAUUGUAUUAAUGAAAUUAAAAAUAUAAUUUCAUUAUUUUUAAAUGAAAGUUUAAUUGAAAAAUUAGAAGAAAUUAUUAGUAAAAGUAUUAUUAUAUCAAAAAUGUGUCAAUGUUUUAUUCUUCAAAAUCAAACUAAUGAAAUAACAAAAUAUCCUUUAAGUAUUGAAAAACAAAUUAAAUCAAUUAAAAUAUUUAGUAAAAGUGGUAAUAUUUCAUUAAAAAUUAUUAAAGAACCUAUUCAUGAACUUCAAAAAAUUCUUAAUUCAUUACAACAGUCAUUAUAUUCUACUCCAUUUGAAAGUUUUGGAUUAGUUAGUUCACAAUGUCAUUCAUCUGGUUCAUCUUCUUUCUUUCAAUCACUUCAUUCAAUUUGUUCACAAAAACUUUUUUCAACAGAUUCUACAAUAUCAUCAGUAGAUUCAUGUUGUACAAUUACAUUAGAUUAUAGAUUUAAUGAAAUAUUUGUUUUAUUAAGAGAAUCUUUUAAUAUUAUAACAUGUUUUAGAGGAAAUGGUAAAAAGAAAAUAACAAAAGAAGAAUUUGUUAAAUUUAAAGAGAAAAUUGUAAAUUGUACAGAACAUUGUUUUAUUUUUUUCUUUGACUUAGCUGAUACUCAAUAUAAACAAAUAACAACAAAUGCAAUAGAAGUAUUUAAACAAUACAUUUAUUUUAUUUCAAUUCCAACAUUUCCAAAAUAUUAUAAUAUUAUUUCAGAACAUAUGGCACCAACAUGUUUAAGUUUCUUUUCAAGUAUUCUUCGUAGUUUUUAUUCAAUUCUUUCACAAAAAUUAUUAUCAGUUCGAUCAGAAAUUGAAAGUUUAGUCCAUCAUAUGGAACCAUCACAAGUAAUUUUAUUUACAUUCCAAAAGAAAUAUAAACCACUUAUACAUGUGAUAGAAGGAUACUUAGAUUAUUUUGUAUUAUAUGAACCAAAAAAGAAUAUAUAUCCAAUUACUAAAUUUAUUAAAUGGGCAUAUAAAUUACCAACAAUGAGUUUUCCUAUUGACUUUAAACCACUUUUUAUGUUUGAUAUUGAAAGUAUUAAACCAACAAAAGAAGUAGAUAGUAAUUUAUUAUUAGAGAAGUUUUUAACAAAAAAUACUGUAGAUGUAUUACUUAAUUUAUAUGGAUUUGAUAAUACAUUUAGACUAUGUCUUCAAGAAGAUCAAGAAAUAACAGAUAUUAUUUCUAUUAUUUCAUGUUAUCAAACAUUUAUUACAAAAUCAUCAAUACAAUUUGAAUUUAUAACAAAUGAAUUAAAAUUAAAUAGUACAUUAAUUAUUAAUGAAUUAACAGAAAUUCAACAAUAUGCCAAUUUACCAAUUUUUGUUCAUAAAAUAAUGUAUGGAGUUACUAAAAUAUUAAAAUAUAUAUUUCCUAUAAAAAGAGUUAUAUUUAUAUUAAGAAAAGAAUUAAAGACAUUAAUUAAUUCAUUUUCAAAAGAUGAAGAAAUUGAAGAAAAUGGAUUAAAAAAUUAUUUAAUAAUAAUAAGAUAUUAUUGUUUAUUAUUAAAAUAUAAUUAUAUUAAUGAAAAUUGUAAUAUUAUUAAUAAAUCACAUUAUUUAAAUAUUA